UGCACUCUGGAGUGGCAUCAGGUGACGGGGCGCCGGUGACCCGGCCUGACCGAUCCCCGGCACUCCGGCCGGCCUCAACGUAAAAACGACAUCACGAUGAACUUCCCACCACCUGAAAGAUCGCGGAGUGGACAGCAGACACCCAGACAACUCCCUCGCAUGUGUAACGACUACAACCGCAGGGGAGGAUGUACCCGCGCCAAUUGCCAGGAGCUGCACUUGUGCACAUAUUUCCUUCAAAACAGAUGCACCGCCGAGCGAUGCAACAAGGCCCACGCCCUGGAGACGCCCAGAAACAUCCUGCUGCUCGAGGGUCUCGGAUGGCAGGGUUCGGACGACCUGGCUCUGGCGCUGGACAUCCUGCGCCGGCGGGCUCGAGGUCAGGCGGUCAGCGUCUGCGUCAUGUACAACGUGGGCAGUUGUUCUGUCCCUAACUGUGGACGGCUUCACAUCUGCUACCGUCGUGUAGUGAAUGCCUGUCCACUGGACGACUGCGGCCUCAGUCACGACCUGCUGGACGGCGGGCACAACGCAGAACUUCUGGCCAGUGCGGGUCUAACCGAUACCCCUGUGACGGAGCUCCUCAGGCGACUGCAAGAACAGAUGCGGCGCCGGCCGCCCCAGCCGGCGCUCUGCAGAGCAGUGAAUGGCCGACAGGGCUGCCAGAGACAUUGCCUACGACUACACUACUGCGAGGCGUUCCUGCACAGUCGCUGCAGGUUCGGAGACAGGUGCUCCAAGAGUCACAGCCUGAAGGACCGGCACAACCAGCGGGUGCUGACAUUCUUUGGCUGGACGGAGGAGCAAGUGCUGGAGGCGCUGAGGAAGGAUCGAGUGGGCAGAUCAGCUUCCCGUCCAGCCAGAGCUCGAACUCCGACAGAACGGGACGACGACGAGGAAAGGUCCGACCGACAGGACCUCUGUGAAGGAUCGCAGCAGGGCCCCAGUGCUGAGACGCGCGUCAAAAGGGUUGACAGCGCUGAGGAGGUCGCAAAUCAUGUGAACGAUUUAGUUGACUCGUCGAACAAACAACCAAAGAGACAUCACAAGCUGUGUGAACAAACAGCCCGAGUGCGCCCGAAGGCACAAGAAGAUAACGUCUCGGAGCAGCAGAAGGAGGCGGAGAGACAGCAGUGGGAGCGAAAAGAGACGGAAUGGAAGGAGAAGGAGAGAGAAUGGAAAAACAAGGAAGCCGAAUGGCAGAACAAGGAGGUAGAAUGGCAGCAGAAGGAAAACGAGUGGCAAGAAAAUGAAAGAAAGAGAGCAAGGGAGACCCAGCUAAGGGAAAAAGAAACACGUGAGAUAGAGAUACGGGCGCCAAACGAAGUUGCCGAUAUACGAAAAGAAGAACGAACGCUUCAACGCUUGCGACAGGCGUAUGAAAAAGAAAAAGAAGUCCAUUUAAAGGCAAUGACAGAAAAAGAAUCGCGAGAAAAGGAACUGAUGGUAAGUUUUGCAAAACUUGCAAUUGAUUACGAAAGAAACCAGAAGACCAUGUCUACUAUUCAGCAAAUAAACGCUGAUUAUCAACGGCAGAUCGCCAGUAUGCAGACUCUGGUAAAAGAGCUGAAGGAUAAAGAUCAAGGGCGACAGAUCAAAGCAAAAACGGAAGAGGAGGACAUGAAAAAGAAAACCGAAGAGCUGACAGAACUCCGAGAACUGGUUAGAAAGCAGAAAGGAUAUGUAGAAUGCAGCGUCUGCCUCGGCACCUUCGUUGAGCCAGUAACCCUGGAGUGUGCCCACACAUUCUGUAAGAACUGCAUAGAAAACACACCGAGACCUGCCGGAGGAAUGUACCACUUCGAUCACCUGCACCCUCUAAAUCAAAAUCAACGUCGCCAGUGUCCGCUCUGCCGCAGGGUGGCAAGCGUACAGGUCCCCAGUCUGGCUCUGAAGAACAUAUCCGGCACCUUCUCUGGCGAUCAGCAGCGAGCAACCGCAAGUGCGACCAGCGACGCCCGCACCGGAAGAACGGCAAGGAGACCACGACCUGGGGACAUUUGGUUCGCUUACGGUGCAAGUUGAAAGACGUAACUCAAGGACACUGAGGGGCAGGCAUACGGGUGUCAUAGCUGUCACCGUGUGACACUUCAAAGAUAGAUUGUGCACAAUCCUAACAGAGUUUAUGACGAGUGAUGCUCAGCACAAAGUCUCAAAGUUCAUGCUACUGCAAAUCACUUUCGGGUGUUUGACCUGAUCUUGAACCAAACAUGCAAGUUCCCAGCCUGACACCCAAAAACCGCCGGUUGCUUUGCCGAUAUCCACCAUCGGACAGGCGAGGUUGACAACGGUGCCAGGAAGUAGUGUCGACCGAAGCCCCGUCCAACGCACCAGUGACAGAGGUCCUGUCCUGAUCAACAGCUCGACCUGUCAUGUGACAGUGAGGUGCCUGACCGGCCUCCAGAACGGUGUCUGACCUAACCGACAUGUCACCACUCAUCCGACGACCACGAGAGCACGGCCGGGCUCUGGACGGAACUGUCUGAGAUCGACCUCAGGUAGCGUCGGGAGUGCUGGCAGGUGGCGUUCUGAUGUUGGCCUGGAAGGCACACUUCUAUGUCAGCGCUGCAUUUAUCCGCUGGAUUACACAGGGUUUACCACAUGCCGAGAUAUCCCUUUAACAUUAGCACGUGCAUUUGGGAAAUGGCUUCGGCCCGCCUCGGCUAAUGUUGAAGGUAUUUGGGAAACGAUUCGGCCCUAGGGCUUUUUGAUUUUCCCAGACAAAGUUUUACUGAAUAUUCUGAGCGGAAGAACCAAUUUCAAAGAAGAUAUUUACGGAUUGUGUGUUCACUAACAGCAACAGCAAAAGUAAGUGACUGCGUGUUUACAUACUUUUGCUGUCAACGUAAUUCAACUAAACAAGGUUAUCGUUCCAAUGCCAAUGUAUUUAUUGCUGCAGAACAUGGUCGGAAUAAUCAUUAUUUCUACAUAAUGCACGCAAAAAACGAACAAUUUAAAUGCGUGAAGCAUCUUAGCGUACCACAAUGAAACAUUUGAUAUUGUUCCAGCUGGGAUCCAAGACACGUUUGAUUCAGCGUUUCACCCAAUUUUUAGUUUUCCUCACGGUUUCCUCACUCCUGCUGGACUCCAUAUCUUUAUUCUAACUUCUGGCGUUUCACCAUCUUCAUCCUCAGCUUUUUCAAACCCUAAAUAAGGGGGAAGUAGGAAUUUCAUCUUUCAUACUCAACGCAGCCUAAUAAUGAAAAACACAAACAAAUAAUCACGGUGACUAAAAAUAUGAACAUAGUAUUAAUAUAAUAUUAACACAAUAUUAAGAUUAAAGUGUAAAAUAUCAAAUGAAUAUGAUAUUAACUGUUGCGCCAGUACGGCAUGUGGUAAAUCUCUUCCCAACCUUGGGCUGUGAAAAUGCAGUUUUAUUCACCUCGGUUUUUUGCUACGGACCUCGUGCCUACCGGCACUCGGUCCUCCGCACAAAAACCUCGGUGAAUAAAACGCAUUUUCCCAGCCCCGGUCGGGAAUAUAUAUUCCCAGUAGAGUGCUGUUUAGAGGUUGUGCGCAAUGUGCUGAGCUAUUAUCUAGAUUGGAAAGAUUGAACCAUAUCACAAUGAUUAAUAUGUGCCCUACAAAAUAAAUGCAAAUGUUGACUGAA